GGCACAAACAUUACAGCUAUGGUGAUGCCAUUAGAAAAAUUGUCAAUGACCCUUCAAGUUCCAUUCAGUUGCAGGGGUUGCCAUUGCUCAGUAGCCGCGACCUUCCAUCUUUUCCAAGUCCCUCCACACAUAGACAUAUACAGAUGGGUAUUCCUGACAAUGAAAGAACAGUUAGACUUGCUUAGUGCCAAAACCAACCCAAAAAUACUCGUAAACACAUUCGAUGCAAUAGAGCCAGAAGCCUUAAGAGCUUUGGAGAAGCACAAUUUGAUCCCAAUAGGACCAUUAAUGGUCCCCUGUGAUGCUUCCUUCAAAAGAGACCUCUUUCAAAAAUCACACGGUUAUGUUCAAUGGUUAGAUUCGAAGCCCGAAUCAUCUAUUGUUUACGUAUCAUUCGGAAGCACAGCUGUGUUGUCGAAGCAACAAAUGGAGGAGAUCGCACGCGGGUUGUUGGAAAGCCAUAAGCCAUUUAUGUGGGUGAUAAGAGCAAAAGAAAAUGGCGAGAGAGAGGAUAAUAAAUUGAGUUGCUUAGAAGAAUUGGAACAAGAAGGAUUGAUAGUGCCAUGGUGUUCUCAAGUGGAGGUUCUAUCACACCCAUCAGUGGGAUGUUUUUUUACUCACUGUGGGUGGAAUUCUUCAUUGGAGUGUUUAGUUUCUGGGGUUCCGGUGGUGGGGUUUCCGCAGUGGAUAGAUCAAACGACGAAUGCAAAGCUUAUCCAAGAUGUUUGGAAGAUGGGGGUUAGAGUGGUGGCAAAUGAAGAAGGAAGAGUGGACAGGGAGGAAAUUAUGAGGUGCAUAGAAAUGGUGAUGGGGGGAGGAGAAAGGGGAAGAGAAAUGAAAGGAAACGCGAAGAAAUGGAAGGAAUUGGCAUGGGAAGCUAUGAAGGAUGGUGGAUCAUUGGAUAUGAAUCUUAAGGCUUUUGUGGACGGACUUGGAAAUGGUCAUUAGUAGCUGGGAGUGAACUCUAUUCAUGAAAAUGGGUAGGAACCGGCAAGGGAAGUUGUGAAGGAAAGUGGGUCCUCUGACAUGAAUCUUAAAGCUUUUGUGAGAGGUUGGAAAUUAAUAGGUUGAUUAGUAGGAUGGAUUUUGUUAUUGAUUGAAUCUUCAUUUUUGUUCACUUCUGAUUUUCUUUUCGCUAUGUUGUCAGAUUUGCAAAUUCAUGUGAUACCUGCUUAAAAGAUCAUGUAUUUGGUACGCUUUUUAAAAAUCAAUUAAAACAGCAGGGUGUGUAUGUAAUAUGAAUUGGCUUCAUUUUUCAUAUUAUAGGGUGAUUUCAAAACUGGAGGUAAAGAGAACAUUGUUGCGUAGACAAGAUGAUGCUGUGCACAAUUCUUCUAGUAGAAAACUAGAGUUCAGUUUUUGGACAUUGAUGCUUGUCAUCACAUUUCGCCAGUCCUAGAUGAAUUUUAGUUUGAUGCUCGAACCCAUUGUAGAUUUUGAACCUAUCUGACUUUUAUUUUUGUAAUAAAAUACUUGAUGAGGAUUUUGGGUUUC